UAAAAAAUUUAGGUUCGUUUUCUUUCAUUCACGAGCGGUAGUCAUAGGAACGUAAAACGAUUAGGUGAAAACAAAAAGUCAAUAAAUUUGAAAUGUUCUUGCUUCAUUUUUCAUUUUACUUUUACUACUUUUGGAGAUAAAGUGCCAGAACACAUUUUCGGAAUGAUUCAAAAUUUAAUAGAAUGAAUUGCGUAUAAUAUCACCGCUAAUUUUCUCUAGUACAAUAUACUUUUUGUUAAUUAAAUUAACGACCAAGAAACGGUAUUCUCAGUGCAUAUGUAUCUAAUUUUUAUAAUGCAAGAACUGCAAGCAGAGGUAAUAAAUGCAGCUUCGGCUGGAUGCAUAAAUAAGAGAUUAUCACCAGUUGCAACGCCACAGAAGUACGUGUCAAUGUUCCGCAUCGAUGGAGUUCCUAUUUUACCGCCAUUGAUGACACAAGAAAAACGGCGGCAAAUGGAAAAAUUCAAAGAGAGGGCACUAAAACUAGAACAACGACUGGAAAAAACUCGACGCAGGGGACAAAAUUGCAAUUUUGAAUACGGCACAAUGGUUCAGGAGAUGAACCAGGACCCAGAAGCAAUGGAUAAUACCCACCAGAGCAGCAGUAGUAGUAGCGCAUCUGAUCACAUAAUAGAAGUAGAUGUUCAACGUGAAGAAGUUGAUACUUCUUAUAUGUUGCUCUCAGAUCUGCUGAUUCAAAGCGAAAACGAAAAAAAAUCGAUUGUGCCUUGUCGGGAUUUGUUUAAAUUAAAUCGUUCAAUUCCAAGUGCAGCUACCGAUCCUGAUUCAGCAAUGUGCGAACCACAUUCAUCGGAAUCGAAUCUUUAUCAACGUAUGCAAAAGUUGCAAAAAUCUGAAACAUUGAUCUAUGAUCAUCGUUCAAAUACAAUUUUAACACCUUUGUCAGAGGAUGAAAUUCAAACGUUCCAACAGCAACAACAGCAAAUAAAUUUAGAUCAUUCAGAAGAAAAACAAAUUGCAUGUAAAGUUGAGCGAAAUGAGAUUGAAGAAAGUGCUAAUCUAAAUUAUCUAACAUGUCAGAAGUCGAUGGGAAAAUGUUCGGAUAAAGCAUUAAAGAAAAUACCAUCGAUAUGCAUUGAUCCGCCAACACCAAUCUCAAGUUCACGAACUUUUUUUGAUGGCAUUAAUCCACAAAGUAGCAUUGAUACCAUAAAUGUAAACAAUAACGAAAACUCGAAGAAAGAAUUAAACAAAUCGUUGAUCGAAGAGCUUAGCUCAGAUGAAAGUUUUAACUCUAUGGGGCUCCCAAAAAAUCUUGAUCGAGAUCUUAAAACUCAUCGAAAAUUAACAAAUAUUACCAGCAAAAUUCUCAAGUUUGAAAACUUUUCGGCAUCGGAAACAAAAGAGGACACACCAAGAUGCUCUAAUAUGAAGCCACCACAGCGAUCGGCUACAAGUCCAGCUUUGAAAGCAGCAACUUCGGAGAGAUCACAGACAACAACUGUAUCGCUGGAUGUUGGCCAUGUGCCACAAAACGAAAACUGUUUAGUCCGUUCGAAUUCGUUUACAUUAGACGGUCCUUCGAAAGCAUUGAUCGAUCAUAUCCGUCAGCAAAAAGUUACUCCUAAAGAUAACUAUCCUACUAAACGCUCAAACCUGUUCUCCAUGAGUGCUACACGUGAUACCGUCGAAUCAAAAGCGAAGCGCGUACAAAAAUUAGAUCUGAAAACACGCUCGAUACCAACGCGACUGCAGCUAAAGCCUUCAACUGCAAAUAUUACCUCCCCAUCAUCUUUGCAUUACCAUUCAGCUAGCAACAAAAAUAAACGCUCGCCCUAUGAACAAAAAGUCAUUAAACCUAAAAUUAGUCGCCAACUGAAAAAAUCUGUUUCCGGCACAACCACUAUCAAACAAAUGAAGCCCAGACCUUCAAUGCCAAGCAUACAAUCGGCCAAAACAGCAACAGAAACUGCGCAAGAUAGAACAGUGGGCAAUCAACAUUUUGACGGCAUCGAGACUGAACACCGUCAAAAAUUUCUCGACUUAUUGGCGCAUCAAAGACGAGAACAGCAACGCAUGCAACAAGUAUUCGAGGAGCAACAACGGUAUUUGCUAGAGCAGCUUGCUGCCAAAAUGGGUACCACCCAUAUUAGUCAAAAUAUAGUUGGUGGUAGUGGUAACAGGUCGAUGGAUUAUUCGCCGAUAGCGAAGUCGGUCUAUGUAGAAUCUCCGACGCUGUCAUCGCCAACAAUAACUGCCAACAGUUCAAUUGUUUCUAAUUCGGUGGGUACCAUGGAUAUGAUGACGGGCGCAUGCGAGCCAACAUCUUUAGAGCUAUCGGCCUGUACAUCCGCCACGCCGACGACGUCGCAAAGUAGCAACCGAUGCACUCCCCGACGGCGCCUUUUUUCAUGUGACAUCUCUCCCUCUGCAUCGAUAUGCAGCAACAACAUAAGUCGCUCGAACGGAGAAACGCCCGGGCCAUCAAACAGCCACCAAAACGCAGCGAAUAUUGAUGCCUUUGAAGAGUCAAACCGACGAGAGAAAGCAGUGACUAUAAUUAAUGCGCAUGUGCGUGGUUAUCUGGUGCGACGUCUACUUCAGACUGAGCACAUUCAACGUAUUGUCCAGACAAUUAAAGAUACGCUGAUAUUCGUUUGGAGUCUGCACAGGGAAACCUUUCAGGAUCCAAUAGAGGCAAACGCUCCUGCUAAUAUCAAGCUGAAGGCACAACUUUUCAAGCAGUUGACUUCCGCGAUACACACACUCCAUUUGAUACUCUUUCAAACUUCGGUGACGGAACGCAUGCAAAUAAUUAGUCGUGAUCGCAAAAGGAUCAAAACCAAAAUGCUCACGAUGAUUAUGAAAAGUUUUUAUUAUUUAUUUGUAGGUCACCCAGAAUCCGAAGCUAAUAUGUGGAAAUCCAGUGCAUUCGCAAAAGCAAACGGUUUAUGUAAACUAUCAAAUGGCUAUAUGAAUCAGAUGUUCAGUCGAGGAGCCAAGCUCCAUGUCAAAUAAAGACACAAAUAACUAACAAAAUA